UCAAUAUCAUGCCAACGUCACUCACACUCACUACCAAACAAAAAGCGGCGCGUGUAUCUCUCUGCACUGCUCAUUUUCAGCCUCUUAUUACUCCACAACCUUACCUCUUCUGUUCCAUAUACUUACUUCCGAUUCUCUCUCAAACGCCAUUUUGAGAUUGUCAUCUUCUCUCUCCCAACAUGCACUACAUUUAGAUCCAACAACAUUCUUCACCUCAAUUCCCCUUCCUGCAUUUUCAUCUUCUUCUUCUUCUUCUUCUUCAAUUCUCACAAUCUCAUCCAUCAACACACCAAACUCACAAACAAACAUGUCCAUCACCUUCAAUCUUUCAACCCCUUUAACUCCUGCUGCAUUCAUUUACAUUCUCAAACACCAUUCAUCUUCCAUCACAUUGCCCAAUUGAUUCAUUUCCUUCCACAAUUCCCAUUCAUUUCAUUCCCUCCACCAUGGAAGAAUCUGCAUCCCAACCACCGCUGCACAACCCCCCCGUUUAUCGACCCCAACCCCAAUCACCUCUACCCGAACAGCCUCUACCCAAACCCCCCGGUCAUGGAGACCCCAAGUCUCAACCCAGACCAAUGAUACAGAAACCCCCCGCCUACCGAGACCCCCACUUCAAACCGCCGCAUGGGCCGCAGCGAAAGGCCGUCCUCCCACCCUCCUUCCAGCCGAAACCAAAGCGCAGCCGGCGCUUCUGCCGCGUAUGCUGCUGCACCUUCUGCAUCAUCUUCCUCAUCAUCUUCCUCAUCCUCGUCAUCGCCGCCGCCGCCUUCUACCUCUUCUACGACCCCGCCCUGCCGGCGUUCCGCCUCAGCUCCUUCCGCGUCCCCAUGCUCAACGUCUCCAACAGCAACGACGGGGCCUACCUCGACGCCGACACGACGGCGCGGGUGGAGGUGCGGAACCGGAGUGGCAAGAUGUCGUGGCACUUCGGGAAGAGCAAGGUGUCGGUGUCGGCGGAUGACGGGAACCUGAGUCUGGGGUCGUCAACGGUGGCGGGGUUCGUGGCGGAGCACAAAGGCUUGGCGCAGGUGAAGGCGGCGACGAAAGUGAGGAAGCUUGCUCUGGAAGAUAGGCAGAGGAGAAAGCUUAAGGGCGCGGUGGAGAGCAAAGCGUUGACCCCCACUGUGGAGAUUCAAACCAAAACCAGUGUGGGCUUGCAGGGUUGGAAGUCACCCUCAAUCGCCGUCACUAUCGUAUGCGGAGGUGUCACCAUGAGGAGACUUGAAAACGGAGACCCUCCCCUUUGCUCCAUCACUCUCCUCAAAUGGAUCAAAAUACGAUGAGUCGGUUGGAGAUGUGUUCUAUACAUAUGGCAGACUGAUAUGUUCACUGCGUGCGAUUUAGAGGUGAAGAUUUUGUGAGCUUUGUAUCUAAAUUAUAUUUUAUAUUCUUUUUUUCACUUUAAAAAAAAGUAAAGGAAGAAUAAAAUGUAAAAAAGAAAUGUAAUAUUCUUUGCUUAGAAAAUAGAAAAGGGUCUCUUCUACAGCAGUUUAACUUGCUGCUGGUUC